AUGGAUACCUUUAUUCGUCAGGCAGAUUCAGUAGCAGAAUUCGAAUCUGACUACAAUACUAUGCAACCAUCAGAGCACACAAAGCACUCCUUAGCUUUCCAAAGGGAUGAAUUAAAGGCUCUGUGGGAAAGGGUAAAGGGGUCUUAUGAGGAGCUUUGCGCAUCAAAAGAGCUCGAAACCAAAGACCUGUCAUCGGUUAAAAAGAAGUAUAAAAGCACCUACUUCAGUUUUUUGCGGUGCCAAGCAGCGAUGGCUGAUCUUUCAGAGCAACUCGCAAAGACUGAAAAGGAGAGCGAAUACAAGUCAGGUCGCGAGCUUAAUAUUCAUCUCCCUCCUUGUGACACAGACAUUUUUAAAGGAGAUUAUCUUUCGUGGCCAUCGUUUAGGGAUAUGUUUACGGCUAUAUAUAUUCUCAAUAAGCGCCUUAUCCCAGUUGAGAAACUAUAUCAGCUCCGGCAAAAGACUCAAGGGGAGGCUAAGGAAAUAGUGCAGAGAUCCCCAUUAACCAACGAUGGCUUUGGUGCAGCCUGGAAAAAUCUUUGUGACAGGUACGAAAAUAAACGUAUCCUCGUCAACGCUCAGUUAAAGGUAUUGUUUAAUUUGAACGCAGUUGAGAGUGAAUGCGGUAGCUCUAUCAAGAAACUGCAACGCGACAUAAAUAAUUGCAUCUCGUCGCUUCAGUGUCAUCAGAUUGAUGUUUCAAAUUGGGAUGCAAUAUUCACAUAUUUGUGUUCGACAAAACUGCCAGAAACGACACUGGCACUAUGGGAGCAAACCAUAGAAAAUAAAACUGAGAUUUCCAAAUGGGUAGAUAUGGAUAAAUUCCUAUCCAAUCGGUUUCAAACACUGGAAACCGUCACAGGUCUUAGGGGGGAUAUAGUUUCGAAACUUAAACCACCAAGCUCGCGGAAUUCUGCAGAGACGCCUGCAAAAAAGCUUGGCGCCUUUCAAGCCAGUGUAGCAAAGGCAACAUGUAAAAUGUGCAACAGCAAUGCACACAAGCUAUCAAAGUGCGACAGAUUUUUGCGUCUAAAGCCGACGGAGCGAGUAGAUUACGUGAAGAGCAUUCGCAGUUGCUUGAAUUGUCUAUCUGCUGGGCACACAGUCUCAAGAUGUACCAGCUCAUUUAACUGCAGCACUUGUCAUUCGAGACAUCACAAGUUGCUCCAUAUGCCAAUUCAGCCAAAAGCGACAACUGAUCCAUCGGGUAGCGUGGAAUCUACUCCAAACCAGGCUCAAUCAAGACGCGAAUCUGGAAAAGGAAACAUCAAAUCGGUUACAAAUGUAAAUUCUUGUUACGCAAAUACAAGUAAAGGAGUUUUGUUAGGAACAGCACGCGUAAACAUACACUAUAAUGGUAUACAUUUUUCGGCUAGAGCGGUUAUAGAUUCUGGUUCUGAGUGCUCGUUCAUUACUGAGACACUCAAACGGAGAAUCAACCUGCCAUCAAAAUGCUUGCAUGCCCAAGUUUCGGGCAUCAAUAACUCUGUAUCUGCGCAAGUAAAAGAAGCGUGUGCUAUUCAACUUCGUUCACCCACAGACCCGUUAAUUAAUAUAGAAGCAAUUGUGCUGGUUUUACCACAAUUAACCGGGGAUCUUCCGACUUGUCAGAUAAGCGCAAUGACGCGGCAAUCGUUCCCAGACUUGGUCUUGGCGGACAAAAGAUUCUUCGUCAAUGAGCCAGUUGACCUGGUCUUAGGAGGAGAUAUUUACCCGCAAAUAAUUUUAAGCGGAAUGAGGAAGAACGUAUUAAAUACGCUUCUCGCGCAAGAGACCGUGUUCGGUUGGAUACUGACUGGUCGCGCUGAGUCAGUCAGUCCAACUAACAAUAUCGUAUCGUAUUUUAACGAAGUCACGUUGGACAAGCAGCUAGCUGCAUUUUGGGAGCUGGAGGAUGUCCCAAAGAAAAAAGGCAUCAACGAAGAUGAUAAAUACUGCGAAGAGCUCUUCAAAGCAACUACAACACGAAAUACCGAUGGAAAAUACAUUGUGUCUCUACCUUUUAAACGGGAUUUUCCGAAAAAUGUGUGCUUAGGACCUUCGCUGAAAAGUGCAUGCUCUCAGUUCUACCGGAACGAGACGCGACUAGCGAAAAAGCCUGUCCUUCAAACAGAAUACAACCGGGUUGUAUCGGAAUACGAGACCCUAGCACAUAUGUCAAAAAUUAACAAAAACAUUUCACCAGAUUCAACGGACUGCUAUUUUUUACCGCACCACGCCGUUUUAAAGGAAGAAAGUACCACUACAAAGGUCAGGGUUGUAUUCAACGCAUCAUGCCCAACCGCUAAUGGCAUGAGUUUGAAUGAUGUCCUCCUUCCAGGUCCUGUACUUCAGGCCGAUUUAACGAUCCUCAUACUCCGUUGGAGACUGUUCCAAUACGUCUUCAACAGCGAUAUAGAGAAAAUGUAUCGGCAAAUAUUUGUAAAUGAGAAUCAAACGAAAUAUCAGCGCAUAGUUUUUCGCACCUGCCCAAGAGAACCAAUUAGCUUAUACGAAUUAAAAACGGUGGCUUUUGGCAUCAACUGUGCUCCUUAG